AUGUCUUCUAAUAGCACACGAAAGUCCAGUCGUCAGCGGAUAGAUUUGAGCAAGGUCGAGGAAGGAUUUGAUCGGCAUGAAUUGGAAAAAGCACUUCGGGCAAGCUUGAACGAAGCAAACAAGUUGGGAUUGACGGGCUCGCCGGUCGAAAAAAGCGAAAAGAAAACGGCGAUAAAGAAAAAGACAGUUGUGAAGAAGACAUCAGCGAAAGCGGCGCCUAAGAAAACUGUAAUCGCUAAUGUGAAAACAGUGACUUCGAAGGUCAAAGAAGUGUCGGAGAAGAAAACUCCUGUGAAGGCAACUCCGGCGAAGGCGCCAUCCGCAAAAGCGACACCAGCGAAAGCGGCGGCGAAAAAAGAGGCGACGUCGGCGCCGCCGAAGAAAGCAUUAAAGAUUCCAGUAAAAAUGGACAAACCUCAUAAAUCUGAUACCUCGAUAAGCUCUUCUGAACCAAAGUCGGAAGUCGAGACAUCGGCGAAACCAGAGCCAUCGAAAAAUUCUAGGAAACGGACGAUUGUGAAGAAAGUUGUAAAUAAGGAUGCGAGAAAGUAG